GACCUGGGGCGCUGUUUCCACAAAUAAAACAGCGGCAACACUCGCGGGUAAUCAACUAUGAACCUGGCUCAGAUCCAAGGGGAGUUGGCACAGCGUACGCACGGGCUACUGCGCCUGCGCGAGAAGUUGGUUAACACGCGGGCUUCCACACUGUUGAUUGUAUUCUUCCAUCUUCAGGAGAACACCGCUGCGUCUGAUGUUGGCCUAGCAUUGUACUUCUUCAGAAUUACAGACAAGUUGGCACUGCAGAAUAAUGACCGGACCAAUGACUGUUCACCACACUCGAGUCACGUGAGCAGACGAGCAUGAUGAUGGUCUUACCCAUAAUCCUCAUCGCUACGUGGAUGACAUCAGCUACUACGGGUCAGCCCAGCCCGUCCCCCUCCCCCUGUCCCCUGGGAGAGUUCCCGUGCGGGAACCUGUCCCUCUGCCUGCCGCAGAGACUGCACUGUAACGGGCGGGACGACUGCGGCAACAACGCUGACGAGGAAAGAUGUGGUGACAAUAAUGGAUGGGCCGAUGACUUUGAUGCGUUUCACGCCACAAGAAUCCGUGAAGGAAAUUCGAGGGAGAGCGACUCAUGCACUCUCAUGUCGGUACCCGCUCUGUGCACGUGUGAAAAGAAGACCCGGGUUACCUGUAACAACACCGGGCUUUACAACAUACCUGCGGAUAUCUCCAUCAACGUCACCAGAUUGAAAAUUGACAACGAGAACAUCAAAACGUUACAGAAUGACUCCUUCAUGCGCUACAUCAACUUAGAAUCACUGAAUUUGCCGAGAAACCAGAUCCAGCUCAUCGAGCCAACCGCCUUCAGGGGAUUACGCAAUCUCGCCAAGCUAAAUCUUCAGGAAAAUCGGAUUAGAUCCUUUCACGUGGAUACCUUUGCAGAACUACACAAACUUGCUCGGCUAUUCCUUUCACACAAUGAAAUAGAGACACUGAUGCCAGGGACCUUCAGAAAUCUGCACGAGCUCCAAUGGUUGUAUCUUGAAGACAACAAGCUGACGACAAUACACCCUGGCACCUUUAGUGGACUGGGAAACGUUCACUGGUUAGGCCUUAUGGGGAACAGGUUGCAGACAUUAGAUGGUGGGGGGAUCUGCCAUGACGCACCUUCCAUCAGAUGGCUAUCUCUUGGGAACAACAAAAUAUCAACGAUCGAGCCCCAUGCGUUCGACUGUUUGUCACAGCUUAGCGACCUGGACCUCUCAGCGAACAACAUCUCAACAUUCCCACCCAAGCCGUUCGUCAAGUUGAAGAUGUUGGACAAUCUGAACAUCUCGCUCAAUCCACUGCAAUCGAUGGACGAAGAUGUCUUUGAAGGACUCGACAGAAUUAAGUCGCUAGCGAUUGUUGAUGUGGGCGUCGCCGGGAAGGACUUUUCCACAGCUAUGUUUGAUAACACCACGAACCUGGACCAUGUAUACUUCAGCAAGUUCCGAUACUGUAACUUCGCCCUGCACGUGCGCCACUGUGAGCCGAACUCUGACGGUAUCUCCUCCCUGGAGCACCUCCUGGCGCGGGGCGUGUUACGGGUGUGUGUGUGGGUCAUCGCCGUGCUGACCUGCACCGGGAACACGUGCGUCAUGAUCGGCAGGUCACUCAUGAAACACGAGAACAAGGUCCACUCGCUCUUCAUCAAGAAUCUCUGUGCGUCAGAUCUCGUGAUGGGAGUCUACCUGAUCAUCAUCGGCACGAAAGACGUCGUCUACCGAGGCAUCUACAACCGGCACGCGUUGGAAUGGAAGGAAAGCUUCGGCUGCCAGUUUACAGGGUUCCUCGCCAUGCUCUCCUCGGAGGUGUCGGUUCUCCUUCUAACCUACAUGUCCGUGGAGAGAUUUCUCUGCGUCGUGUUCCCGUACCGCGACAGGAGACCCAACGUGCGGCAAGCAGCCGUCGUGCUCAUUGCGAUAUGGCUGACUGGGUUCUUUCUUGCCUUCUCGCCGCUGAUUGGUCACGGGUUGGGUUACUUUGACAGUUUCUAUGGCAACAACGGCGUGUGUUUCCCCCUGCAUCUGCACCAGCCGUACUUGAGGGGAUGGGAGUACAGUGCGUUCAUCUUUCUCGGGGUCAAUUUCACCUCCUUGUUGAUCAUCCUGUCAGCUUACACCGGCAUGUUCAUCUCCAUCCAGCGCACACGGCGGUCCAUCGCCUCCUCUUUCACUACGUUUGGGGACAUGUCCUUUGCUACCCGGUUCUUCUUCAUCGUGCUCACGGACUCCCUGGUCUGGAUUCCCAUCACUGCACUCAAGUUCCUGGCAAAAAACCUAAGAACGACUGCUCUUUCAGGUUCCAUGUACGCUUGGAUCGUGAUCUUCAUCCUGCCGAUCAACAGCGCCAUCAACCCCAUCCUGUACUCCCUCACCACACGGACCUUCAGCGGCGUGCUGUGCAGCUUCGUCAAAAAGAUCCACCUAAAACGCUUUCGUGCGUCCACCAACAGGCCGUUAGUACUCAGGCAACAAGUGAAGCGUUCGUCGGAUUCCGAUACGUCAGCUGGUACCACCUGUACGACUGCGUCAGCGUUAAACAGCACACCCAACAGGACGCCCUCUUCCAGUACAGUAAACGGCACGACUUCUGUCGGUUUGGGGAAGAACUGCACACUUGACAGCGUCCCGGAACGGAAUUCAAGCGAGGAUGGUGGUUGGGAGUCCAUUAAAACAAACGGAGACGACGUUUUUGAACCGUGACAUUUAAGGAACUUGCUCUAUGGAAACAAUACCAUAUCGUCAGGGACUUUCUGCAAAUCUGUCAACGCAGUUGUUACAAAUAACAGCUUUUGUCGAUGUGAGCCGUAACGCCAUUUUCAACGUCAAUGUAGUGUAUCAUAUCAACAAUCAUUGUCAUAUUUACUAACAGAUAUGAAACUUUUCCUACCUAACUAUAACAUUAGGGCACGAAAUGUAUUUGUAUUUGACACGCAUAGUUUUUUUUUUACUCACCGCUUGAGGAAUGGGGAUAGUAGAGCAGGCCGGCAGAAUGCAAUCAUAAUAUUAACGUUAAAUUGUAUCAAAUCUAUUCAUUAACACGUCGUGUUUAAUGUUCCCUUUGGCGAGUAAAAUGGGGACCAAACGUACAAACAAAUUGUACGGAAUCUACCUCAACAACCUGGAUAUGUGGUUAAAAUGAAUGACAUUUCUCUAUUUGUUAUCCAUGAAAUGCAGCCAUAGACAUAGUAGCAGACUGUAUUUUGUAUUUCUUUAUUAUUCUAAAUAUUUGUAUUACAUUUGUAUAUAGGUUUUAAGGGCCCAGUGGCUUCAAUAUAUGCUUAUUGCAUCAGUCAGUUUCAUUAAACCGUUAUAUGAUAACUAU